AUGCAUCUGACUGCUAGCAAUGACCCUGUCACUCGGGCUCUCACCUUACGGUUAUUUGGUACUCUUAGUCAAGUAUGUAAAGAACACAUUGGGGUUCACCACAUCAUUCUAAAACAAAUUGAAUCCCACUAUAAUGUGGAGUCUGAUGCCGCUAUUUGGUCUAGCCAUCAAUUGGCACCAAUAUCCAGUGCUUUUGCCACUAGCCUUUGUCCUAUUGUUUGCAAACGCUUAGGUGACUCCAACACGGAUCUCGAGAUAAAGCUCAAAUUGCUUCGUCUCGGAAGGCAUAUGCACCAUGAAGUGCAUAUCAUCGAACAGACGCGACGAUGCCUCGUUCGGAUGCUGUCGUUGUACAACACAAGCGAAUCCGUGGUCAAUAUUUUGGAUACUCUGACUGCACUGGAUUCUUCUGCCCCUGUGUAUUCUUCCGAACAGCUCGAUCUCCUUAUUGAGUACGUCCGUGUUGACCAACGAUCCUUCGUGCGCCGUAAGGCUUUGGAUAAUCUUUGUCUGCUUGCUCGCCGAGUACCGCAUCACUGGGAAGCUAAGCAUAUUUUGAAACUCUGCACAACGUUCGAAUCAGUCAGCUGCUUUACCAUUGAGAGAGAGCUCAUACUGCAUGCUUUCUUCUGCUUGGCUGAGUCUGAACAGGCCGUGGAGACUAUUUGGGCAUCUUCAAACGAAUAUGAUUUGAACGUUGCGCGAUGUGUGACGAGUACUCUGUUAGCCCAUCCAGCCACCCGUGUGACAAUCAAAGCAAUGCAAUUGGGUUGCAAACUGGUUCUGAGUUCACUGAGUCGAGGGCCUUCGGAAUCCUCUUGGUGUGGUCAAAUCCUUUCCCCCGGUCAGCUGGUCUGCUGCUUGGUGGCGCAAUUCACUACCCAGCCGCAUCAACCAAACAGUCACGAUUUGAUUAGUCAGUCUGCACAGCCAUGGUUCUUAUCAUCUGAAGACAUCACCUUAGCUGAUCUCAAGCAUACCUAUUCACUGAUAGUGCAAUUCUUCGUUACGUUUACGGACUACACUCACCUAAUUGAAAAACUUAACCUAUCUCAACACAUAAGGCUAGGUGGUGGACCACGCGUGAGUCUUUUGUGCCAGUUUUUGAGCACAUUGAAAGCCCACUUACCUGCCAUUACUUCGACUGAGUUAAUGGGCAAAGGGUACGGUCGUUCCACCUUGUUCGCCUCCCAUAAGCAUGGUCUGGCCAACUUGGAAGAGGAUGGUCACUCGAUUCUCCCUGUGUGCGGACUGCUUUUCCAACUGACUGAGGGUACUUUCCUCACGUUAGAAGAGGAAAAGUCCUUAUUGUUAUCAGUUGCUGUUUCAUCUGCUCGACGAAAAGGACCUGACGAUAUUACUUCCCCGACCACCAUUUCUCCAAUGUGCAUGCUUCCAACGUGGUUGGCUUAUCAGUUGGCGCGUCAAGCGAGUCGCUAUGGACAGCAUGCAUUGGCGGCAAAACUAUACGAUCGUUUGAUUCCGAAUACACUUUCUGAACGUACCAAUUGGUGGAUUCGUGGUUUGGCUGAAUUCAGUCGUGCUGAAGCGCAGCUUGUCACGUCAGCGCGUUGUCUGCAGUCUGAUCCUACCCGAGUCUGCCUCACUGAGCCGAACAGUGGGGCUUCACAAAACAAUUUCCAGGCACACACAUGGAUUGACGAGCUUAUUUCAGAGCUCCAUCGGGCGAUCGAUACCAUAAGCAAGGCACGAACAAUGUUUUACUGCAUUGGUGGCCCCAGUGUUCGUUGGUUUCAAGCAGAGUAUGCCGGAAUUCGGAGCGAUUUUCUGCUGUGUUUGGCUGAAUUAUGCACCACCAGUAUGUUCUUCACACAAACUGCUUGCUGGCCCUCCUUUCUCGCCUUCAACACCCAGGAGAGCAAUUCGGAGUCCCCCGAGUUGGCACCGGUUCCUACAUGGGUGAUGCACCAAUUGGAUAUGUGGCACGAACUUGAGGAUCGUAUCUCCGCUCUGCAAAUUGAAUGCCUAGACGCUGACCAGAGUACCCAUGAGCACCUCAAUGCCUUUUCUCGCUUGGUGAAAUUCUUCUUUUGUGUUCUCCAAUCUUUCAAAAGUACUUACGAGUCUGCAAACGCGCGUCAAAAUGACACUCCAUUGCCCAGACAUCUGGGUUCUUCAAGCGGUGAUCCGUUCCACGAUGUGAUACCUCAGCUACACGCCCUAGCAGAGCCGCACAUCAACUUUGAUCCAACCAGCCCUCCGAACUUUAACUGGCUUUCAGGCAUCCUUCUGAAUGUCUGUCAGCUCCCUUCUCAUUGGCCCCGCUUUUUCUUCCAGCGCCUCCAGUCAACUACCGUCCGAUUGGUGCUGCUUCCCAAAGCCGGAAGUAAUCCGGAUGACGUCUUGACUAUCAGCGUCGAUGUGGGCCAUAUGGUUCAAGUUAUGGGCGUCGUUCAACAACGCAGCCGGUUGCCUAACAAUCGGUUGUGCCGUCGCAUCCACGCAGUAGAAGUGGAACUCACGGUCACCGAAGCCGGUCCAGACUAUGGUCGAUUGGGUCGUCAGAAUCGAAGGAAUGUGAAGCAAACUGUCUUCUCUCUGCGUCGUUCUGCCUCUCUUCAAAGUGACUAUUUCCAUUGCGAGUUUUGCAUUCAGUUUCCUGGUCAUUCACAAUCGAAAGUGGAUCCAUCUCCACAACCACAACGCAUACUAGAUAAAAUUUACCGAAUCUCUGCCAGUCCUGUCCUGGUGGAUUCUUUGGGCAACCGAUGGCAAAUUUCUCAAUCUUCUGGAGCUCCAAGAGAGUCCACUCUAGUUCGUGUUGAGGCGAUGAACAGUGUUGCCUCUUCCGGAACCUCUUUUUCCGCUCCUCAUACAGAUCGAUCUGAAUCCCGUACUUCCAUCAACAUAAGUUGA